CACUCAUCCAGCUAAUGGACCAGGCUUGUGUUUGCUGGAUGGGGCUUAUAUUUCACCACUGAGAGGGAGGGACCACGGCCAACAGGUCCAUUACCGAGGGGUGGUGGUGAUGAGGGGAGUGAAAUAAAAAAAAAAAAAGAGGGGGAAGAGAGAGGCGGGGAUACGGCUGCGGGCGUACUGCGGCAACAGCGGAGCGGCAUGACGCGAUAGAGGAGUGGAGUGACGGACGGAGACACACAAACGCACACAUGCUCGCAGCUCAGAGGACGGCCAGGCAGAAGUAGACAGAAGCAGGGGCUGAGCCAGACGCUGUCAGCAGCAUACAGAUAGGAGGAAAACUCACUUGCCGCUCUGUGGACCGAUGGUGCUUCCUGCCUCGGUGAAUGGAGAGGCGCUGCGAACCAAUGGGAGAGCGGCGGUGAGGAUGCGACUGUGAUCCAGGAAAAAACAGUCCCAUUGUUCCUGGGACGUCGGAGAAGUAGGACCUCCCUCCCCUCCCGCCGGCUCGGCCUAAAGACACACUGAAGGACUUGUUACUCCACUGACAGGUCAGCAUGAGCGCGGGAGUAAAUGUGAAGUCGGCCUCCCGGGGGCCUCCCUCAUCAGGAAUCCCUCUUCCUCGCAGCCUGAUUCCCUCCUCUCCAAAAGUAGAUCCCCGCCGCCAGGCCGACAACCUGCCCAAACCCUCAACACAGACCCCUAAACACACACCCACGCACUCUCCUUCUCUUCGCCCGAGAAACUCCUGCAUCCCCGGCCCCUCCUCCAGGGACAACCCAAGAGAUGCGGGCUUGAAAGCUCAGCUCUUCCAGAGAACGGGCACCCUCCCCGUGCCGCAGGUGUCGCGCUCCGCCUACAGCAGCCCGCUCACGCAGCGCCGAGUACCGCCGCCGCCGCACUCCAAAGACACACUGGAUCUGGGAAAACCCACCCUUGCUCACGCCCACUCGCAAUUUCCACAUGACGGCAAUCGCAACAGAAGCGCCUUCAGCAAUAAGAACCAAGCGUGUGGAGCGAACAACCAGCGCCCGUCGCUCCACUUCAGGAGAGCAGACAACUCGAAUACUGUGAACACAGCAGACCUCACGUCAGCAAGAGAGGAAGAGCCUCCAGAAAACCGUCUGCCCCGAUCCCCCGCGCUGAAUAACGGUAACGUCCGGCCCGCUCUCACUCAGACGACGUACGAGCACGGCGUCAGAGGUCACGGCGGCUCCACCAGCCAAUCAGACGAGGAGAUGGGGACUCCUGAGGACAGCAGCCCCGCCUCCUCCCCCGGUCCCCUGCCGCUGCCAACUAUCGCAUUCGCAAUGCCGGUUAACUCCAAGACGGGAACUGACGUGCAGGAUCACAGCCUCCACGUGGAGGCUACGCCCGCAGAGGCGCACGCCCCCAGAGUCAACAUGGCCACCGUGGCUCCCUUCAGCUACAGGGUGCAGAUACACGAGAGUGACUUUUCAGUGGAUGAACUGAGCGACUGUUCCUCUGGAUCCAUAGAAGUUUGCUGUGACGACCUAAUACCAGGAGGGAUGCUGGAGGCUAAUGUGGCUAACAUUAGCAUGACGGCUAAGCCCAGAGAGCUGGACCUCAGGUCUGCUGCUGUCUCCUGCCAGGACAUUUCAGCCCAGGCCAUGGCCUCAAGGAAGCCACCUGCCAAGCCCUCCGCUCUGCCCCAGGGGCCGCCGCGUCCUUCUGGGUCAGAGCUCAAGGUCUACCGGCCCACCUCUGGAUCUAUCCCCAUCCCAGUCCCCAAUCCGACAGGGCUCCGAAAACAGCGGUCACUUAGCAACUUGUCUGUGCUCACUGACGCUGAGAAGAAGCUGCACCUGUACCAAUCUCCCCGGUGGAACGAUGAUACAAGCAAGCCCAACGCUGGUACCAACAAAGCCGGCCAGACUAAGACGGGUCAGGCAGGCGGCGGGAGACAGCCGCUCUCCCGGACACUUUCGAAGUCAGAGCAGUCUCUGUUCCAGGGGAAGCCCAAAACGUUCUGCUCCGCGGCUGUGACUUCUAACGUGGGCAAGCCGAGUAGAAUCCCUGCACCUGGUAAACCACGGGGACCUUAUGCUGAGGUCAAGCCCAUCAGCAAGGCCUCUGAGGCGGGCCAGACUGCAGACAUAGACCCUGAUGAUCAUCCAACCAAAACUAACUCCAAUGGAGCUAGUAGUACUGGAACUAAUGGUAAAAAAACAGGGGAGAAGCCGAAACCAGGAUCUCUGUCGACAGAGGACAAGAAAGAGAAGAAGGGGAUGGAAGGAGAAGAGGAUAAGGGCUUUCUAAAGGUGGACCCAGAGUUGGUCGUGACGGUUCUGGGAGACUUGGAGCAGCUGCUCUUUAGCCAAAUGCUGGACCCAGAGUCCCAGAGGAAAAGGACUGUGCAAAAUGUUCUGGACCUACGGCAAAACCUGGAGGAAACCAUGACUAGCCUGAGAGGGGUGCAGCUCAGCCACAGCUGUGUGGAGGGGACCGUGGGCUACGACAGCGACGAAGCUGCCGCCUUCUCAAUUUCCAGCCUGUCAAAUCGCUCCUCUCCGUUGUCAUGGCGCCAGGGUCAGGCCAGCCCGCGGCUCCAGGCCGGCGACGCUCCGUCCACAGGCAAUGCCCACUCAGAAGUUCCUCUCCGGAUCAGACACACCUCUCGCAUCCACCUCAUCGAAGCUCUGGACACCUCAGAUCCGUCCCUCCUGAAGGGAGAUUACCUCAGCGACAGCGACCUCGGCGGAAAGAGCCCUAACGAAGACGAUGAAGAUGAUGAUGAUAUCGAUGAUCUGGGGAAUGGUUGGGACGAGAGCAGUUCCAUCAGCAGUGGACUGAGUGACGGCUCGGACAACCUGAGCUCCGAAGAGUUCAACACAAGUCCCACUCUGAACUCCCUCCCUACCACUCCCAUCGGCUCCCGCAGAAACUCCACCAUUGUGAUGCGGACCGAUGCGGAAAAGAGAUCUCUAGUGGAGAGCGGCCUGUCCUGGGACUCCGAUGAUAAUAAACCCGGCCGCAAGAGCCAAGGCGGCGGUGUCUACGAUACAGGAAGUCUGAAGUCUGAAUCGGCCAAUAAAUGGAAAAAGACGCGGCCGCACGGGGACGGGCAGGAAGGAGGGAAGGGUGAACUGAAGAAGCCCCAGGCCCUGGGUCAAGGAAAUGUGUUGAAGAAAGGAAGAAACCCACCGGUGGGAGUCACUUCCCCGAUCACACACACCUCUCAGAGCGGCCUGAAAGUGGCAGGUACAGUGAAAUCAGAUGGGAAGCCCAUGGAUAAGUCUCGGUUAGCGGUGAAGACUUCAGGUCUACAGCGCUCCUCUUCUGAUGCUGGCAAAGAGCACCGAAACGGCACUGGAGCUGGUGAACAACGUAAACCUCCAUCCGGCCUGGUCAGGCCUUCGACCGGUGGAAGCUUUGGCUUUAAGAAGCCCACCACGGCUACCAGUAACGGCACGAGCAACGCCAGCGCGACCUCUGUGUCACAUACAGGCGGCAGCACCAUACCCAGUGGCUCUGCGACAGUGGGGAAGAUUCCCAAAACAUCGGGUAUUCCUGUCAAGCCGGGGGCCGGCGGAGGGGGACGUAAGACGAGUCUAGAUGUUUCAAGCAGCGACCACAGUGGUUUUCUGUCUCCGAACGCCAGGACGUCUCUCCAGUACCGCUCCCUGCCUCGCCCGGCCAAGACGAGCACCCUGACUCUGACCCGACCGAGCUCUGCUCGCCCAGUGAGCACCACCAUGGACGCGGGCUCUGGGCUAAUGAAGCCCUCCGCCGCAGCCUCCCAGGGCUCGAGGCUCAAAGAGCCCGCCUCGGGGUUCAGCUCUGGAACAGGGCUGAGUAAAUCAGCGGGACGUGGGAUCCCGAGUCCCAGUCCAGUCAAUCAAACAGACAGGGAGAAGGAGAAAGAAAGAGCCAAAGCUAAAGCUGUAGUGUCUGACUCUGAGUGUGGAGGUGGGUCUCUGAAGGCCAGUCCUGCUCAGACCCCCUCAGAGAACGGAGGGAAACUACACGGACUAAGACCCCCCAGCACUGGCAAGAGCUUGGAUCUCCCUUCACCCAACACACACAGGUUAUCUGGUGUGCGUAGCCUGGCAAAGCCUCCAUCAAUGGCCCAGCUUGAUAAGCUGAACUCCAACAGCCUGGAAGUGGGGAUUCAGGAUGCCCUUCCUCCUAAGAUUCCUCCUUAUUCUAAACUCCAAGAGCUGUCUAGUUCCGGAGGCGGCUCCAACAGCCCUGGCCUGACCCCCAGCCCCGCACCUUUACUCAAUGUGAACUCCUCCGUCUGCUUUUCCAGCUCGGGCAUAGGGUUAGGACCCAGGCAGGUCACUUCCCUCGGAGUUGAAAGGAGCGAAGGGAGCACCUCUCCCCUGCUUUACCCCCGUAUGUCCGGGCUCCAUCGCAGCAUGGAGUCCCUGCCACUCCAGAUGAGCCUGGCUCCAGAGCCGAAGGAGAAGGAGAAGGAGAGAGGGAGGGAGAGUUUAGUAAGAGGUUACACCACCAUAGAGUCCAGGGACAAAGAGCGACAGGAGGACAGAGGACCUCCGUCCAGCUGGAGCUCUGGAAGUAGAGUGUCGCUGACUCUCGCAGACAGUUCCCAGAGAGACAGAAACACACUGCCAAAGAAAGGUUUAAGUUUCAACAGUGCCUCCCAGGUUGAGGAGGAAGGGAAGGAGAAGGGAGAGAGGAGGCACUCUCAUACUAUUCUCAGCAUGACCGACUCGCUCACUCUUCCACUGCUGUCCUCACCCACCUCCCUGCCCCGCACCUCUAAGACCAGUAUGGUACCCAGCCCUGUUGGCGGACCUCCGAGGAUGACUCGAUCCAACAGCAUCCCCACACAUGACGCCUCUAUGGAGCUGUACGGGGCAUCGCCACUGGGCAGCACUCUGUCGCUGGCUGAACGUCCCCGCAGCAUGGGAAUGGUUCGCUCCGGAUCCUUCAGGGACAGGGAGCCCAAUGAUGAAGUUCAUGGGUCCGUGCUCUCGCUGGCAUCCAAUGCCUCGUCGACUUACUCUUCGGUGAGUGUGGGCGGCGUGCAUACUCAGGCUGAGGAAAGGAUUCAGGGAGAGCAAAUCCGCAAGCUGAGGCGAGAGCUGGAGUCUUCCCAGGAGAAGGUGUCCAACCUGACCACACAGCUGACGGCAAAUGCGAAUCUGGUGGCUGCCUUCGAGCAGAGUUUGGCUCUGAUGACAACUCGGCUGCAGAGUCUUUCAAUAAGCCACGAGCAGAAGGACUCAGAGCUGUCGGAGCUGCGGGAGACCAUCGAGGCUCUGAAGACCAAGAAUGAAGAAGCUCAGGCAGUCAUACAUGGAGCCCUAAACACCCCAGAUAACAUGAAAGAUGUGAAUAUGCGCCGUCAGAACUCAUGCGAGAGCAUCUCCAGCCUGAACAGCUUGACCAGUAUGUCGAGUUUGGGCAGCUUGAAGGACCAGGACGCCAAGAAGAAGAAGAAAAAGAGCUGGGUCUUUGAGCUGAGGAGCUCCUUCAACAAGGCGUUCAGCAUUAAGAAAGGCUCGAAAACCUACUCAGACAUUGAAGAGAUCGCCACCCCAGACUCCUCGGCUCCCAACUCCCCGAAGAUGCUUCAUGAAGGCGGAGAAGGAGGAGAAGGAGGUGAAGGAGGAGAGGACCUGCCUCCAUCUCUCAAAACCUCGGCUUCUGCCAUCUCCUCCGUGAUCAUGGAGAGUACAGAGGAGGGAGACAAUGAGGAGACGGCGGUAUCAGAUUUACGCUCAGAGCUCUGGGUGAAAGAGAGGGAGCUGACAGACAUCCGACUCGAGGCCUUAAACUCUGCACAUCAGCUGGAGCAGCUCCGUGAUGCCAUGAACAGCAUGCAGUCAACGGUGGAGAACCUGAAGGCAGAAAAUGACCAUUUGAAAACAGGAAGUCAGCUCCACCUCCCCAGCUGUGGCCCCACCUCCUCCACCUCCCAGCCUUCGGGUCUGGCCUCUCUGAUAGGGCCGUCACUGAGACAGCCGAUGAGCAUAUCCCUCACCAAGUCCUUCAGCCACAGUCUGAAUGAUUGUAAAGAACCAGAAGCGUCUCCAGCCGACACGUUAAGUGCGUCUCCUCAACGGGAUGAGGCGUCGGCACGGCUGCUGGUCCGUAUUGGAGAUCAAGCAGAGGACAGUAAACAGCAGCAGGAGUUCUACCUGGGCUCAGUGGCGGUCAAUGCGAGGACCGACUGGGCUGCUCUCGACUCCCUCGUCGCUAAGACCUUCAAAGACUACUUAAAUCAAGUUGACCCAACAGCCAGCCUCGGUCUGACCUCUGACUCCCUGCACAUGUACCAGCUGACCCAGGGGGUACAGAGGUUGAUAGGAGGAGACAAGCCCCAAACCUCACCUCACCGAUGCUUCAGCAGUGGUCCCGCUCGAAUCUUUGUCACCUUGAAAGGUCUCAGAGAAAAAUGUGUUGACUCCCUGGUGUUCGAGACUCUGAUUCCUAAGCCCAUGAUGCUGCACUACAUCAGCCUGCUGAUGAAGCACAGACGUCUGGUCCUGUCUGGACCCAGCGGGACAGGGAAGACUUACCUAGCUCAGCGUCUGGCCCACUACCUCCUGCAGCGCAGCCGCACUGACUCAUCUGAGGCCGACCACGAGUCCUGUCUGCUGGGCCGCAGCGCCACUGUCACCUUCAACAUGCACCGGCAGUCCCAGAAGGACUUGCAGCUGUAUCUGUCAAAUCUAGCAAAUCAGAUCGACAGAGAGAGCGGAGGAGACGUUCCGCUGGUUGUUAUCAUAGACGACAUCAGCGAUUCAGCAGCCACCACUGAGCUUGUUAACGGAGCUCUCACCUGCAAGUAUCACAAAUGCCCGUACAUAAUCGGAACAUGUAAUCAGCCAGUGAAGAUGAGCUCCAACCACGGGCUGCACCUGAGCUUCAGGAUGGUGAUGUUCUCCAACAACGUGGAACCAGCAAACGGGUUCCUACUGAGGUACCUGCACCGUAAAGCCGUGGAGGCCUACCAGGAGGAGGAGCAGGACUCCGCACGCCACCAGGCUCUCCUCCGCGUUCUCGACUGGAUCCCUCAGCUCUGGUAUCACCUGCACACUUUCCUGGAGAAACACGGCACUUCAGACUUCCUCAUCGGUCCCUGCUUCUUCCUGUCAUGUCCGGUGUCGGUGGCAGAGUUCAGGCAGUGGUUUAUUGAUCUGUGGAACCACUCCAUCAUACCGUACCUGCAGGAGGGAGCCAAAGACGGCAUCAAGGUGCACGGACACAAGGCAGUGUGGGAGGAUCCAGUGGAGUGGGUGAGGGGCACGCUUCCUUGGCCCGACGCACAACACGACCAGUCCAGGCUCUUCCACCUACCUCCUCCCAGCAUAGCUCCACUCAGCGAGGAGAAGAAGGCCCCCAAAGAUACACCCCCACCCAGCACUUUGGAGUCAGACCCACUGAUGGCCAUGCUGCUGAAGCUCCAGGAGUCGGCCAACUACAUCGAGUCUCCAGAGAGGGAGGGCUGUCUGGACCCCACUCUGCAGGCCACACUUUAAGUCCACUGUCAAUUAAGCUAAAGGAUCUACGGACUCCUCGUUGCGGCCGAGCUGUCCCAAUGAGAAUUCAAAGACUCAAUAAUGAACUGUAUCGUGUGCUCAGUGAGCAGUCACAAAGCUAAAUGUAAAGGAUCUACAGAGACAAAGACAGAGAGAGAUAGCUUAUGGACAAGGGGUUUGCUCAGCCCUGCUGUCAGAACAUCGGAGAGACAAUUGCUUUCACAGGAAGCUGUGACGAUCAGGGAAAGACUUCCACUUGUCUUCUCUCUGCCCCUCAGUCUGUCCCAGAUCUGUUGAAUCUGCAAGUGCAUGGUGACCGGAAUAGUAUGAUGCAAAAUAUUACCUAUAAUCCUGUUGAUCAACACCCAUUUCUUUCUUUUGUUCGACUGCCAUAACCUUCACUUCCACUACCGGUGCUUAUAGGUUUUAUCUUCGAAGGCACAAACUUCUUUUCAGACAGAUUGAACUAUGUGCCCCCCAGCAGUAUGAGCAUCAUUCGACAGCCAGCCAAAAUGCACUUUAUUUUCUACUUGUCGUAAUUGGAUUUCAAGAGGCUGCCUGUCAGUGAUUGCAUAUCAAAUGGGGGGGAGGGAGGCAGAGAGGGAGGGGACCGUCAAUUUUGCCCAGACCAUGCAGUUCAUCAGUAAAUCCUCUAGAUGGCAGCAUUUAUCGAUGGCUGCCUCAGUGCUCUCCUGGUGUGCUUUCUGUCUUAACCAAGGUGCUCAGUAGAAUUAUAACACACGCUCAAAAAACACCACAAUAAAAAUGGCCUUGAAUGUUUUUAGUAUCAGAACUGUGAAGCCGUGAGAUGCAUGGGCAAAAGGAAAGAGAGCGUCAUCAUCCGUGGACUCAGAAACUCAACGCGCUGUCUUGUAAACACACACUGAAAAUAAUGAUUUAAAAAAAAAAACUGCUCGUUUAUCUAGUCUGCCAGAUCGGGCUAACAUUUCUGACUAUGCUUGCCUAUAGUCUGUAUUUAGAUAUCGGUUUAAAAAACAACAACACGAAAUCCUCUUGUAACAGCUGAGGAUGCAGCAAUCAAAGUCUUGAUUUUGUAGGAUUUUGUACUGAGUUGUCUUCACUGAUCGCCUGUACACAGCAGUCAUCACCUAAACCCGACAUGACAUUAAGUGAGGUACUGAGGAGUCUCUCGUGACUGUUCAUCAUUCAUCAUCCAAAAAAAGGAAAAGGAGAAUAUUAUUUAAAAAAAAAAAAAAAAAACUGUCCUGAUUACAGUUACUCUUUAUAUCGUCGAUUAUUUUAUAAGUUCUCAACUCACAUAUUAUUUUAAGUUACAGCAAGGAAAGUACGAUUGAAUCGGACAUUUAAGGGGCCUCCUCCCCGUCUUUUCCUUCAGUGAUUUGCACAUAAAAUAUCUUAAAACGUAGUAGAUUGCAGUAUUUAUUGAUCACAUGUUGACUGUUAUUGCGAAGAAGAGCAAGGAAGAAAGCAUAAGAAGUAACCCACAGGUAGUAGAGACAAACCUCCCAGCUUUGUGCCCCUCGACCCUGAAGUACCUCAGACUGCCAUAUUCUGUCUACUUUCCUGAGAAGGUGCUGGUGUAAAGUAGAGUCGUGAUGCCUAAGUCUAUCUGUGCCUGAAACACAAUUUGGCCUAAAGCUGCUUAUGAGCUGCCGCCACCCAAAGGCCUCGAUUUAGAGGAGACGCGAUGGCUUCCUCUGACCUGCUCUGAUGUCAUUUUCACCUUGAUGCCCAAAUCUGGGUGUAGAGUGGGUUCUCGAUGUGGACCUAAUGGCAGAGAGUCGUCGUGAUGAGUAAAGAUGAUGCGUGUGUCGGUUAACUGAAUGAGAAUGUGUAUCGUAACUGUGUGCGACGUGACACCGUUUUAAAGGCUUGUCGUCGUUGUGUGGAAGCAGCGCAAGGACGGAUAUUAGCCUGGAGAUGUAAAGUCGACGCAUGUUAAGUCCCUGCUGUGUUCCCAAAGUUUUCUUUCAUUGGACCUACCACACUUACCACAGGAGGGGUUUUUAAUAACUGGAUAUCUUCCUCUUCUCACAUCGUUUUUAAGAGCGGACGUUUGUUUUUGUUGUUGUUUUUUUUUCUUCUUAUGCAGAUAUUUGUAAAGCUUUCCUUCUCUUUUGUACAUGACAUCGCUAUUGUAAACACUGUAAAUAGUCACUGCAUCUGCGACAACAAUCACUAAAACCGAGAGAGAUCUAUGAGAAAGCCUGGCCUCUGUAUGCAGAAAACGUCCCUUGCGGAUUUUAUUGUCUUCCUCCGGCAGGAAGGAGCACUUGGCGCAAAAAGCGGGCUUCAUAACGGUUGUGUGGCAUGUCUCUAUAACCACAUCAAAUCCCAUAUGUCUAACAUUGCGCAAUGGACACAAUAAAAUCAUGCCAUUCUUCACAUCA